AUGCUCGGCGAUAAUGCAUCAUACCGCUAUAUCGGCGGCGUGUUGGAACGAAAUGCCGAGCUUACCAAGGAACUCAAGAGGCUUGAGAACACCGAGAAUGUUAAUAUAGCACAGUUGACCAGGCUGGAUCGGCAGCUUGAUGAAGCAAAGAAACAGGCAAGGGAGAAAGAAGACGAGCUGGAGAGGAUGAGAAAGUACAUACAGACUGCCAAUGAUACGGCCAGGGCUGCUGAAGCGAAAGUGCAAGACAAAGAAGAGAGUCUCGGAAAAGUAGAAGACAAAUUGAAGACGCUAAUAGAAACCUCGAAGAAGCACGAGACUGACAGCAUGACCCACCAAGCUGAGGCCCGGCAGAUGGAGGAGCAACUUCGCGUUUCCAGGAAAAAUGAAAGUGACCUGAGAGACGAAAAGCGGGUUCUCGCAGAACAACUGAGAGAGAAGACGGAGAUGCUGGACGAGAUCAACAAUUGGCGGCUCCCGAUGAAGAAGAUCGACAAGAUGGAGCGAGAUACAAUGUCAGUGUGCAGUCCCCUCUCCUCUGCGAAGCUAACAGCAGCCGCAAACAGUGUCGCAAAGCUACAAGGGCUCCUCACUGAGGCGUACAGCCUGGUGAAGGAUUACUUCGGCGAUGACGUGCCAGACCAGAUAGGCAAGGAUGCUAAGGCUUGGGAAGCCCUCCGCGGGCAUGUCGCGGUGUCCCAUCCAUACAAGAUUCCCCUGCCAUCAUCGAACUCGCCGCAGGCCAAGCAGAUGCGCGUCGCGGCCGUCCUGGCAGUCCUAGGUCAUCACCUGGCGGAGGAGAUCCUCCAGCCGCUCUACAUCCUGGAGGAAGGAGGCGAGCUGAACGAACUCCUCAGUGAGCUCACCAGCGAUGAUCCUCCGAGAGGCCUUUCUCCGCUCGACACUGCUCGCUGCCCUCACCCGCGAGGACCAGCGGGAAAACAGACGGAAGCGACUGAAGGACGUCUUUCAGGCGGUUAUCUCAGCCGUGCAGCCGCUGGUACCAGACGGAAAGCAGGAUGGGUUCCGACGGGCGCUCAGAGAUCUCUGUGCUCGGUAUUGCGAGACCUGGUCCGAGAUACAGUGUCUGGAGGGCAAGGUUGA